AUGGAAGUAAAACAAGAAUUUAGUGAAGAUAUCUGUAAAAUAGAAAUAUUUUCUAAUGAAGUGGAUGGUGCUCUUUUAGAUAGCUUUAAAAGUGAAGAGAAGCUCAUUAAAGAAAGUGCACAUGGUUCAUUUGAUUAUUUAGACUUAAAGGAAUUCCCUUUAAAGACUGAAAUCAAAAAUGAAAGUGAACUAGAGCCACUGGAAGAAAAGGAAAUAGUAAAAAGGAAAGUGUUUACCCAAACCGAUUUAAUAUUCAAUGUUGUUCAAAAUCGCUUAACUGAUAGUAUUCAUUCCAAAAAUAGAAUAACAAAACUAGUGCAAAAUAUCAGAGAUUUUCGUAAUGAUAGUAAUUUCCAGUAG